GGCUGCUGCCGGGGGCAAUUCCCAGGCCCCGGGGCGGGAGCCGGGGGCCGAUGCCGGGCUGGUGCCGGUGCCGUUGCCAUGCCGCCGGAGGGUUGCUAAGCUCCGCUCGGAGCCCGCGUGGGCUGCAGCGCUCGGUGCCAAACCCGGCAAUUUUGCACGGCUUGUCGCAGGGGGGGGAAGGGAUCCCGGGGGGGCCCCCCCACUUCCCCGGGACGGCUCACAGCACCGGGCACCCGGGCCCCCGUGGCGGGCAGCGAACGCGGCGGCCCGGGCUGCCCCUGUGAGCCGGCGAGGUCCGGCAGGCCGUGGCCCUCUGUGCCCGGCCUCGUGGCACCGGGGCAGCCCCGAGGGGCCGCGGCAUCACCGGAGCGGGGGGGGGGGCGUGCACCCCAGGCCCGGCGGUGACACCGUGCACGUGCGCCGGUGCCUGCGGGUGUGCGCACGGAGCUGCCGCGGGCGCAGAGCUCGGGGGAGCACGCCGCUCCCCACCAUCCGCCGGCUCGCCCGCGGCCGGGCCCCCCGGUAGCCCCCCGCCUGCCGGGGCUGCCCCCCGCCCGGGGCCAUGCUGGGCUGCCCGGGGCCGCCGGAGCCGGGCGCCGGGCGCCUGCGGAUCUGCGAGCGGACCAAGCUGCUGGUGGUGGAGAUCAACACGGUGUCUUGCUGCAGCCUGGAGGCGGGCAUGGCCGCGGGGUGCCGGCCCCCCCUGCCCUGGACCUACCACAGCGUCGCCGGCGAGUACGCGUACCUGGAGAAGCGCUUCGUGGCGGAGCUGGGCCCCCCCCGGGCGCCGGCUGAGCCCCCGGCGCCCCCCGGCCCCCCCCGGCCCCGGGUGCUGCAGGACUCCACCAACCGCCCCCCGCCGGGGCGCCAGCCUUGGCCCCGGGGCCGGGGGCCCUCGCCGGGGGCCGGCCCCCCCCAGCCGGCGGCGGUGCCCCCGGGGGGCAGGCCCGGCCCCCCCAGCUACGAGGCCCACAUGCUGCGGGUGGCCCAGGCCCGGCGGCCGGGCCCCCCCCCGUACGUGUCGCCCCCCGCCUACGACGCGCCCCACCGCACCCUGCGGCCCCCCGCGCCCCGCCGCAGCCCCCCGCCCCGCCGGGGCCCCGCCGCCCCCCCGGCCCGCUGGAGCCACACGCUGCCCCGGGCGGCCGCCGAGGCCCGGCCCCCGCGGCCCCCCCCGGGCUGGGGCCGCAGCCAGACGCUGCCCCGCGCCGCGGCACCCCGGGGUCGCCAGGGCCCGCGGCGGGCGCCCAGGGGCCACUUCGUCAUCGACGCCACCCGCGUGGUGAUCCGGGCCGAGUACGUCCCGCCGCCCCGCCGCGAGCACGUCCGCUACCUCGGCGGCGGCCCCCCGGCCCGGCCCCCCGGGGGGGGCGACGAGCCCCCGGCCCGCCCGGCGCUGGGGGGUCCCGGGGACGCCACCCCCGCGGCCUCGCCCCCCCCCGGCAGCCCACGGCGGGGGGCGUGCGGCUCGCCCGGGGGGCCGGCGGGCUCGCCCGGGGGGGGCCGGCCGCGGCGGCGGCCCCCCUACGCCCGGCGCCCGGCGCUGUACGCGCAGGACUUGCGGGAGGCGGUGUCGCGCAUCCGGCGGCACACGGCGCCCGACUCGGACUCGGAGGCGGAGGGCCGGGGGGGGCCGCGGGCCGGGGGGGGCCGGCGCCGCUGCCGCGGGGCCCUGGCCUACAGCAGCAGCAGCAGCAGCAGCCUCGAGGGCUCCGGGGCCGCCGCCUGCGCCUAGGGGCGGGGCUUGGCCCGGGGGGGCGGGGCUUGGCGGGGUGUGUCCUUCCCGGGGGCGGGGCCUGGCGGGGUGUGUCCCCAGGAGGGGCGGGGCCUGGCGGGGUGUGUCCCCCCGGGGCGGGGCUUGGCGGUUCCCCUGCGCGGGGCUGUGACUGCAAUAAAGCUGCUGGGAUCCCUGG